UUCAUUUUCCAUUCUCACAGAAGUUCUGACUGUAGUUGUUUUGGCGGGAAAUCACACAACGCCAAUCGUUCUCUCUCUAAAGUUGCAGAAAUCGGAAGCUGAAAAGCUCCGAAUUUUCAAUUCAAUGCGUCCAAGGAAGAAGCCCAAUGCAUCGUCAUCUACUACUUCUUCUUCUUCUUCUUCUUCUUCUUCCAAGAAAUCGAACCAGAACAAUCAGUCUCAGCAACCUUCCAAGUUCGGCAUACAACAUUUCUUCGAACGCCAUUCCCAGAACGUCCUCUCAGCUUCUCAGAACAACUCCAAGACUGUUCCCCCUAAAUCCCUCGCCCAAAACCCUAUCCAGAUAGAAGAUGACGAUGGUAAUGAUCGCGCUGCUGCUUCUGCUUCUCAAAACCCUACGACUACUCAAUCCAAGGAGAAUGGUAAAGGUUUGGCUAAUGCAUCUCAGGAGAAAAAAGAGAAUCUUGAGAUUGAGGACGGUUUAAUCGAUGGCUCACCGGAGAUUUCUAAGUCUGCGUCCCUGAAACGAUUCAAGUUCUCUCCUGGAAUGUUGAUAAAGCAGAGUCAGGACGAUGGAGGUGAUGAGAUCACUUGGAAGAUAUCUCCCGUCAACGAUAGAUUGCAAGCUGUUUCAAAGCGAAUGCCGGAGAUGGUGAGGAUGCUGGCAGAAUCUUCAAGGAAAAACUCCUCAACCAUUCAACAGUGCACUGUUAAUAAGACUUUGACAAGAUCAUCGGUAUCCUUGAAUAAGGUGGGACUGAAAAGGGUUAACCCAGAAGAGGAUGUAGAUUUUAGUAGAACUACAACCAACACAACUAACUGCAAGGUAGCAAGCAGACAGAGUCCAUUUCGAACUCCACCUUCCUUACCUUAUUGCCAUGAUAAGCAUGCUAAUGGUGUUGCAAAAAAUAAAGCACAUGAUCUGCUGGAACAAAAACAUCACAAAAGGGCAUUGCUUGAGCUCUUAGAUGAGGUUGAAGAUGUCAUAUCUGUUGAAGAUUCUGCGUCUGACAAGGCAGAUGGGUUUCGAUGCCAUGUUGUAGAUGGCAGUAGUGAUGUGGUUCCUGUCAAGGUGGAUCUUCCAAAUAAAGGGGUUAAAACACAUCUUCCGGAUGUUCAGGAGGUUCCAGAACCCUCUUCCAAUUGUAAUUUUCUUGUAUUAGAGGUAUCCGAGAAGCGUGGAACUGUUAACUCAUCUAAUGCUCAAUCACCUUAUAAGGUUCUGCGCUUGCUGAAUGAGCAAAAUGGAGUAGAACGGAUUGCAUGUUUGUGGGAAGAAUGGUUUUACAGUGUCAUUUCUCCUGGAGAUACUGUGAAUAUUAUUGGGGAAUUUGAUGACCAGGGAAAUUGUCAUGUAAAUCGGGAAAAGAAUUUUCUGAUCGCUCAUCCAAAUUUACUAUUGUCUGGAACUCGGGUUGCUGGUAGUUUCAAUUGCCCAAGGCGAACUGUCCUGGACGAGAGGAUAAGAUGCAAUGAAAAUUCAUCUGCAGCAUUAAUUGGUACACUGCUUCAUCAGAUAUUUCAGGCUGGUCUUACAAUGGAGAUGCCUACAGUAGUUUUCUUGGAGGAAUAUGCACGAACACUGCUCCAACAAAAUAUUGAGAACUUGUAUGCAUGUGGAGUAAAUGAAAAGGAUACAUACAGAACAUUAAUCGAAGCCAUCCCCAAAUUAUUGAAUUGGGUUAACCUCUUCAAAUCUCCACAGGGAUUUAGUACCCCUACUGUGGAUUUUGGAUCUGAUGUUGGAUCUAAAAAAGUCAACAUAUCUGAGGUACUUGAUAUCGAGGAGAUGACGUGGGCUCCAAAGUAUGGUUUGAAAGGGAUGAUUGAUGCUUCUAUUAGAGUUGAAGUAGGAUCAAACAGAAAUGGAAGAACUGAGAAUGUGAUGCCUUUAGAAUUCAAAAGUGGGAAAGCACCGAAUGGCCAGUCAUCUACGGAACACUGUGCCCAAGUAAUCCUUUACACACUUUUGAUGUCUGAGAGGUAUCAAAGUCAUAUUGAUUCGGGUCUUCUGUACUAUCUCCAGUCAGAUCAGACACAGGGAAUUUCAGUUCGAAGAUCUGACCUAAUUGGACUAAUCAUGCGUCGCAAUGAACUUGCAACUGAUAUCCUUAAGGCAUUAACAACGCAAGUGCUGCCACCCAUGUUACAGAGUCUGAACAUGUGCAAAGGCUGUCGCCAUCUUAGUGGCUGUACCAUCUAUCAUAAGGUACAUGGUGGAAGUGCUGAAAGCAGUGGAUUAGGGGAUUUAUUUGAUUCAAACACUCACCACCUAACAACUUCUCAUGGCAGUUUCCUUAAGCACUGGGAUUGGCUGAUUGACUUAGAAGCUAAAGAGAUACAGCUUUCUAGAAACAAAAUAUGGCGAUCACACAAUUUGAGGAGUGAGGAUGCUCGUCAUUUUUCUAUUGCUCGUCAUGAUGAACUUCCUCAUUGGGAAAUUAAGAAAGACAACAAAUUUAUCUACCGAUUCAUAUGUCACAGUGAUCCUUCCGUUGAUAAGAAGUUAUCUGAUGGGGAUUUUCUGAAUGCCCCAUCUUCUCUGACAAAAGAUUCACGUUGCACUUUAAAAAGUGGUGACUAUGUGAUACUUAGCGCUGGGUCUGGUCAUCUAACCAUUGCUAGUGGGGUUGUAACAGAAUCAAGUGACUGGCAUGUUUCUGUCUCUUUAUCAAAGCGCUUAAGGCUCCCUGGAAAUGCUUCGUCAGAGGCAUGUGAUCUUGCUAGGGAGGUCUGGUGGAUCGACAAAGAUGAGUUUAUGUCUUCAUUUGCAGUCAUGAGGUUUAACCUUGUUCAGCUCUUUCUACAAAGUGCACAAAGUACACACCUAAGGAAGAUGAUUGUUGACCUUGAGGCUCCUCGAUUUGAAAGUGGAUGCAUUUUAAGCCAGGAUCCUGCAAUUUCUUAUGUGUGGUCACAGAAAAAUUUGAAUGAUGAUCAACGUCGAGCCAUUCUCAAGAUACUCACAACAAGGGAUUAUGCACUCAUACUAGGAAUGCCGGGUACAGGAAAGACUUCUACAAUGGUUCAUGCAGUUAAGGCAUUGUUAAUUAGAGGUGCAUCCAUUUUGCUUACAUCGUACACAAAUUCUGCUGUUGACAAUUUACUUAUCAAAUUAAAGACUCAGGGAAUUGACUUCUUACGCAUUGGGAGACAUGAAGCUGUGCAUGAAGAAGUCCGUGGACACAGCAUUUCAGCAAUGAACUUGCAAGGUGUGGAAGACCUGAAAGUGAAAUUAGAGCAAGUCAGAGUUGUUGCAGUUACUUGUUUGGGUAUUACUAGUCCCUUGCUUACCAACAAGAGAUUUGACGUAUGCAUCAUGGACGAAGCUGGACAGACAACCCUUCCAGUGUCUCUUGGGCCUUUAAUGUUCGCUUCCAUGUUUGUCCUGGUUGGCGAUCAUUAUCAGUUACCUCCUCUUGUCCAGAGUGUAGAAGCUCGGGAAAAUGGACUGGGGGUAAGCUUGUUUCGCAGGCUAUCAGAAGCACAUCCUCAGGCAAUUUCAGCAUUGCGAAGUCAGUAUCGCAUGUCCCGUGGCAUUAUGGAUCUAUCAAACGCCUUGAUUUAUGGUGAUAAAUUAUGUUGUGGUUCCUCUGACAUAGCUAAUGCCAAACUUAAGUUCUCAAGUUUGAAGUUUGGUUCAUUGUGGAUUCAGGAGAUUCUGAAUCCAGAUAAACCAGUUAUAUUUAUUAAUACAGAUACAAUACCUGCUUAUGAGGCAAAGGAUCAGAAGAUCAUAAAUAAUCCGAUGGAAGCUCAAAUUGUGGUAGAGGUCACAGAAGAGUUAGUGAAGAAUGGAAUCGAAGAGGAAGAUAUAGGCAUCAUUACUCCCUAUAACUCGCAAGCAAAUAUUAUUCGUCAAACAAUAAGCUUGACCUCUGUGGAGAUACAUACUAUUGACAAAUACCAGGGAAGAGAUAAGGAUUGCAUACUCGUGUCGUUUGUAAGGUCUAGUGAAAAUCCAAGAAACUGCAGUUCCUCACUUCUUGGAGAUUGGCAUAGGAUUAACGUUGCUCUUACAAGGGCCAAGAAAAAGUUGAUAAUGGUUGGAUCAUGUAAGACUCUAUCAAAGGUUCCGCUGCUGAAGCUUCUAAUCGAGAAAGUUGAAGAGCAAUCGGGUAUCGUCUGUGCUCCCAAGAAGGGUAUCAACUGCACCAGAGGGCUCAACAGGUGCUCACAAUCACAGUUGAGAAGUUGAUUGAGAUGACAUUCAUUUUGUAUUCAAGUGUAGAUAUAUAAAAUUUUGGUGAUUAUAAUUUUGUGAUACGAAAGAAUGUUAAGGUUGUGCUGUUGUUAUUGUAUAGAUUAAUCAUUAACAUCAAUGAUUCUGUAACUGUUUCAGAAAGGUAAUAAAAAUGUUUUGUUUUUUUUUCUCA